AUGGCUCUAUUUCUAACUUUAUGCUUAAAAUUUUUAUAAUUUUCAAAAUAUUUAUAUAUUAGGAAAAAUACUUAUUUUUUUAGAAAAAGCAGAUUAAGAGAAAAAUCUAUGGAUUUUCAAGAAUUGAUAUUAAAUUGGAAUAGAACAGCUAUGGAAAACUUGAGACAAGGUAAUGUAUCAGCCUCUUUCCAGCUACUAAACAAAGCUCAAGAUUUUCUUGACCAACCCCAUGACCGUGAAAUCAAAAUGAAAUUGAAAGCCAUCACAUUUAACAACCUAGGCUGUUUUUAUAAAAAAACUGGAAAAGUCAGCCUUGCUUUAAAAUUUUUACAAAAAGCUUUGGAUCUUGAUGUUACCUCUCCUUCAGAAAAAACUAACCUUGCAGGGACGCAUUUAAAUAUGUGUGCUAUUCAAUCGGGGAUGGGGAAUCAUGAACUAGCAAUUAAACAUGCUUUAAAAGCUAUUGAAUUUUUAAUUGCCAAAUAAUUUUUAUUUUUUUUUUUUUUUUAUAUUUUAUUUCAUAAUUUUUUAUUUUUUAAUUUUUAAAAGACGUUGAAGAAGUAGAAUUUGCUCCAAGCAUCGGCGCUACAACUGCAAUCGCAUAUCACAACGCAGGAGUUGAGUACGAAUACUUAAAAAAUUACGAAAAAGCAGAAGAAUGCUAUAAAAUCGGGUAUGGUAAAGCAGAGGAAAAUAUUGGAACCGGCCAUAAUAUUACUGAAGCUCUCCUUAGCUGUUACAAUAAUGUAAAAUCGAUAAGAGAAUUGCAAAGAACAAAAGAAGUAAAAUAUUACUUCGAAAAAUCCAGAGCAAAAUCAAUGCGAAGCGUCUCUGAAAGAGACACAUACAGACCGAAUAACUCCGGCCCACGGAAAAAAGAAAAACCAUUGUUACCAAUCAUAAAAAAUGUGGGCAAACCUAAACAAAAAGGGAAAUCAAAAAGUUUUGAUUAUUCGUAUAGUCCUGAUAUAAAAUUAUAUGGAAUCACAGGCAGAAAUUCUUCUAUUGAAAAGCCUAUUAAUUUACAAAGAAAAAUAAAAUCGACGAAUAAAAUGGAAAUGUUUAUUCCAACUGAUUUAUUUAAUUUAAAAAAAGAAAAACCGUCUUAUAGUUUGAGGAAUAUAGCUUCAAAUAAUGAAAACGAUUUACCGCUAAAAGAAGUUUUACUCCCAUAAUAUUUUUAUAUUAAAUAAUUUUUUUUAAAUAAAAAAGAAAAAAUUAUUUUAUAAAUUGUUCUUAUAGGAAGAUAGAAAAAUUAAAAACCAUUGAAAAUCAAUCUUCUGAUUUGCACGGAAAAAGAAAAGUUCAUACUAAAGAAAUAAAAAAUACCGAAAAAGAAAGAAAUUUUAGACCUUCAAGCUCUUUUAAUGAUGAAAUAGAUAAGUCUCCAAUUCCAGUAAAAGCUGUGUUGAAGUUUCCAGCUAUUAAGCUUGAUUUAGUAUUGUGUAGUGCUAGAAUAUCCUCUAUUCUUCCGAUAAAAUAAAUAUUUUAAGACUAUUAUUAGUUCAAAAGCCAUUAUUAUAGACCCAAAAAAAAUUUGUAAUCAAAAAGAUGAGAGAGAAUCUUCUAUUACAUUAUAGACUAUGCUAUUAAAAUCCAAAAAAUUUGGAAAGGUUAUAUAGCGAGAAAAAAAUACAAAAGAUUACGGCUAGAGGCAGCUCAUGUAAAAGCUAAAAACGCCAUUGAAACUUUAGAAGAAUUAAAAAAACAAUUAAAAGAAGAAGAAAAAACCAUAGAAACUAAACCAAUUUCUCCAUUACCUUUAAUACCCCCAUCAUUUCCUUAUAAAAAACCUGAGAAAACAUUUAGAAAAAUCCAGCUUGCCCCUAUCCCAGAAAAAAAGCUUGAAAACAAAAUCGAUAAAUUAAUAAAAAUUCAAGCAAUAAUCAAAGGAUUUAUUGAGAAAAGAAAAUUCUUAAAAAAGAAGCAGGCUGCAAUUAUGAUACAAAGCUACAUGAAGAUGAUCCAGGCAAAGAGAUUGUAUAAUUAUAUAAGAAACGCAGUGAUUUAUAUUCAAUAUUGCUGGCAGGAAUACUCUUUGAGGAAAUUAAAGAGAAAUUCUAAUUAG